CUUACGGCACAGUGAGCGAUGCAGUUGUAGUAGACGGUAAUGACAGCACAUGCUUGGCUGGUGCCAAAACAAAAGUUACCGUCCAGUUGACUGAUUCAUUUCCAUUUACCUGGCUCAGAGUCAAAGUUACAAACCAGGACUUUUUAAUGAACAAUCUUGUUGCCAUUAUCCUGUUAGGAUCAGCUGACCUAAAAGAUCUGACAGUGACCUUCUCAGACAAUUCGCGUAAGAUUGCCUGUAUCGACUUGCGGAAGCUGCACGUCGACAGCACCACGCUGGACAUACACUGUACGUUGUCAAGAUUUACAGACCACGUGACCAUGGACGGCAAUUCAGCUGGUCAUCUCUGCUCAGUCUACAUCAGUGGAG